AUGAGUGAUUCGAAGAAUGCUGCGGAGCCUGAGAGCACCUCUAUGCUGCCACAGAGCGACCAAAAUGCUGCUGAAGCCCCUCAAGAGCCAAACGCUGGAGAAGCCCCUCCAGGCGCCGGGGAAAAGAGUGAGGACGCGGCCCAGAAGACGAGCAAGGACCAGCGUGCGUUAGAGAUAUCUGAGAACGCCGCAAAGUACAAACGGGCUGCAGACGAGCCGAAGCAUCCUAAAAAGUCUGGAUGGCACGACGACAUUUUUGCUUCCUUCAGGCAUGCGAGCAAACUGGAUAUUGUCUUGUUGCUUUGUGGAGGCACCGCCAGUGCUGCCGUCGGGGCUUUGUUGCCCGUCUUUUUUAUCAUUUUUGGCAACCUUCUUGAAGAAAUGAACACGACUUUGGACACCAACUACUAUGUUAAAAUCAUGGCUUGGCUGGGAUUUGGAGCCUUUCUCGGAGCUUGUACUUCGACGUCUUGUUUUGAAAUCGUCGCCGACAGACAGUCGAAGGCAUUCAAGGAAUCUUAUUUUAAGUCGAUUAUACGACAGGAAAUGGCUUGGUAUGACCAGUGCAACGUGGCCAGUUUGGCUUCACGCAUGGAAGCGAAUGUGGCUUCCAUCCGGAGCGGAAUCGGGUUGAAACUGGCAAUGCGCAUGAAUCUCUUCCCGUGCAUGCAGCUUAUUCAGCUUUCCACAGUGGUUGUUGGCGCUAUUGUUGUUGGUUUUAUUAAAAGCUGGAAGCUUACGCUUGUCUCUGCGGCGGCAGUUCCCGUUGUCUUAGGUUUUGGCCUCUUGGUUGCUUGGGCUGUUCGCAAGCAGGAAAGCGACAGCCUGGCUGGGUUGAUGACCUCAAUGUUUUUGAUGAGCUCUUUGGCCUUGUGGUAUGGAGGAGAGCUUCUGGCCAACAGCACAGAGGAUGCUAUUAAAGUCUUGACAGUUCCAGUGGACGAAAACGACCCUUCUACGUGGCCAAAGCCGGCUUUCUCGGGUGCAAGUGCAAUUACAGUCUUCUUUUGCAUUUUAAUCGGAGCAUUUUCCCUGGGUCAAAUCAUCAACAACGUCACGGCGUUGGUCAAGGCAAACACUGCGGCAAUGGAUUUGGAAGAAGUCAUCGAACGGACUUCAGCCAUUGACCCGCUUGCCAGCGGAGGCCGUACGGAUGUCAAACUUGAUGGAGAUAUCGAGUUCAAAAAUGUUGCAUUUUCCUACCCAUCCCGACCAGAUCGUCCUAUUUUUACCAAUCUGAACCUUCGCAUCCCGGCGGGAAAGUGCGUCGCGCUUGUGGGAGGCUCCGGCUGCGGCAAGUCGACUAUUCUGCAGUUGCUUCAACGAGUGUACGACUGCGAUAGUGGUACUGUCACCGUUGGCGGCAUACCGACUCGGGACAUCAACGUGGCAACUUUAAGGCGGCACCUAGGGGUCGUCAGCCAAGAGCCAAGGCUUUUUUCAACCACCGUGCGAAAAAAUAUAGAACUUGGGUCUCCAGAUCCAGUGACUAUGGAGCAAGUGAUAGCAGCAGCCAAAGAGGCAAAUGCUGAUGGAUUCAUUACCCGCUUCCCUGAAGGAUAUGAGACAGACUGCGGCGCCUACGGAGGACAGCUGUCGGGCGGUCAGAAGCAGCGCAUUGCUAUCGCGAGAGCACUUAUCCGUCGCCCGAACAUUUUGAUUUUCGACGAAGCCACUUCGGCUCUGGACACUCAGUCUGAGAGGGUGGUCCAGGACGCUCUUGACGCACUAGUUCAAACGAGCAAAGCCACAACACUGAUUGUUGCCCACCGCCUCAGCACAAUCCAGAAUGCAGAUCUUAUCAUUGUGUUGGAGCCAUCGCCUCAAGGAGCUACUGUUGCCCAGCAGGGAACUCACCACGAGCUCAUGAAGGACACGACAGGACUGUAUUAUCACUUAGUCUCCAGCCAGAUUGUCCCCACCGUCGACGAAACUGAAGAUGACACGACACCUCAACCAGUCAAGCGGGAAGAGUCUGAACCUGAUGAUCUCGAGGCCCCUUCGGCGAAAGAGACGUGGCGGGAGUCCAUGAAACAUGUGGGAGGGUCUAUUGCUCAUGUUUCUCGAUCACUGACGCACAGCCCGAAUUUCCGCACCUACAAGAUUAUUUUGAAGCACUGGGUAGUUGUGCUCCUGACUUUGAUUGCAGCAGCUUGUGCUGGUGUAAUUUUCCCUGUCUUCGGCUACUCGUUCGCGCACUUCAUCUCCACCUACUUCAGCCCUGAUCCUCAGGCCAUUCGUGAUGGAGUUGCAAAGUGGGCGUUGAUUCUCGUUGGCCUAGGAUUCGCCCAAGGAAUAGUGGACGCAAUCAAGAUCUUCGGCAUAGAUUUCUGUGGCUAUAAAGUCGCAACGGCUUUACGAGAAAAGGCUUUCCACCAAACCGUUCACCAGGACAUCGCCUUCUUCGAUUUGAGUGAAAACAAUGCAGGGAAAUUGUGCAGCAUUCUGAGUGCGGAUGUCCUCGACGUCAAGGUUGGAUGCACAGGCAACGUGGUUUCGGUCGUUCAAGUUUUUGCAUCAUUCGCCACGGGUCUUAUUAUUGCGUUCUGCGGCGAGUGGAGGCUGGCUCUGGUCAUCCUCGCGUUUUGCGUGCUGUUGGUUCCGGCUAACGUCAUCGAGGCCAAAAUGGGCAACCCAGCACCUACGCACAAAGUACGACAGGGUGAUGAAGUGAAAGGCGCGCCCAUGAUCAUGAACCAGGCAACUUCUGGAAUCAGGGUGGUCAGUGCGUUUGGUCUUGAAGAGGUAUUCAUCAAAAGCUACACCGAAGAAAUUGAAAAGGAACAGUCGACAAAAGUCAAAGAAGGAGUUGUCCUGGGGCUUGCCUACGGCUUCAGCCAGGCAGUAAACUUUUUCGUGAACUGUCUCGCGUUGUGGUACGGCGGCAAGCUGGUGGCUGAAGAGGGUGUGAAAUCCGAAGUGAUCACGCAGACAAUCUUCGCGCUUACUUUCGCGGUCUCAUCCGUUGGACAAACUGUUCUGUUCACAACGGAUUCGGGGAAAGCGACGGCUGCGGGUCGCCGUGUGUACGGCUUAAUAGACCGACCCUCCGAGAUCGACGUGCGCGACUCGGGAGGAAAAGUCUUAAGCCACGAGACAUUUAAGGGAGUUAUAGAUGUUGACCGCAUCAACUUCACUUACCCCACGAGACCCGACAAUAGAGUAUACAGAAAUCUCACAUUCUCCAUUAAGGAAGGCGAAGCUGUUGCUUUAGUCGGGGCUUCGGGGUGUGGAAAGUCAACCAUUGUGCAGCUGGUGGAACGUUUUUAUGACUUGAAAAGCACCUACAAAGUCAAGCCGACAUCUCAGUCAGAGCAGGAGGAGCCGAACAAAGGUGUUGAACGCGUGCACAUCAGCGAGGGGAGGAUUCUGCUGGACGGCGAUGACCUUCGCGAACUUAAUGUUGUGUCAGUCCGCCAGCAGGAGGGUCUGGUUAGCCAAGAACCUGUUCUUUUUGACAUGACAAUUGAAGAAAACAUUGCGAUAUCCAAGCCAGGGGCCACUCAGGAGGAAAUUCGGGAGGCGGCGAAGCUCGCGAAUGCUGCUGGAUUCAUUUCAACUUUCCCCGACGGUUACAACACCAAUGUGGGAUCAGGUGGAGCGCAGCUAUCUGGAGGGCAGAAACAACGGAUUGCAAUUGCAAGAGCGCUCAUCAGAAAGCCUCGUCUUCUUAUUUUAGAUGAGGCCACAUCUGCACUGGAUGCGGAAAGCGAAAAGAUAGUGCAGCAGACGAUUGACGAGCUGCUGGCUGCGGAGAAGCGCAGCACGAUCAUAAUUGCCCACAGGCUGUCCACUGUUCGCAACGCCGACAAAAUCGUGGUUCUGACGAACGAAGACAAGCGCGGAAGCCGCGUCGCGGAAGUGGGAACUCACGACGAACUGAUGCAAAUCAAAGGCGGAUUGUACAGAACUCUCGUUGGACUUGCCAACAUUCGUUCCGAGUGA